AUGGGGCGGUGGCGGGCCGGGCCAUGCUGCCUGCUCCUGGCCGCGACCUGCGCCCUGGGUCGGCCCCCGCCGCCCUCCAUCGUGCGCUGUCAGCCCGCCGGCGCCUGCUUCAGCGUCCACCUGGCCAACGCCUCGUACGACGAGGCCCGCAGCGCCUGCGGCGACCGGGCGGGCGGCCUGGCCUGGGUGAGCGCCGAGUCGGAGCUGGGGCUGCUGCUGGCGCUGCUGGCCGAGGUGGCCGCGGGGCCCGCGCUCUUCUGGGUCGGGCUGAAGAGGAACGCCUCCGCCUGUACCGACGCGGGACAGCCGCUCCGAGGCUUCUCCUGGGAGGAGCGCGGCGAGACGGCCCUACGGGAGGUGCCGGCGGCGCUCGGCCGCUGGGCGAAAGAGCCUGUGCGAACCUGCACCACCGCCCGCUGUGCCGGGCUGCACCUGGUGGGCGCCGACAGAUCCCGCUGGGGAUGGCGUGAGCUGCCCUGCCAGCGGCACGGCCGGGGCUACGCCUGCCGCUACCGUGAGGAGGGCGCCUGCCCCGACCUCCGUCCCGACGGCGCGCUGAGCCUCGACUACCGCCUCCCCUUCGGGAAGGCCAGCACCGCGCCCGGCUUCAGCCCGCCGGGCACCGAGCUUGCCGUGGCGUGCCCAGACGGAGAGGUGCUGCUCCGCUGCCGGCACGGUCCGAGCGGCUUCGCCUGGGAGGGCGUGGAGGAGCCCCACUGCCCCUGCAAAGAGCGCUGCGCCCCGGCCUCCAGCGCCGCCGCCGACCGCCGCCUCUCUGCUCCAGCACCCAGCGGCUCCGCGGGGCCGCCGGCCACCUUGCCCGCCGGCCGCGGUGGGACGGCCGCCCCGCCGCCCUCUUCCUCUUCCAACUACGUUUUCAUUCUGGUGACGGUGGCCGUGGUGGUACUGGUGAUCCUGGUCAUGACCGUCCUGGGGGUCUUCAAGUUGUGCUUCAACGCGAAGGCGGCGGGCGGCGAGACGGAGACGGGCAGCGCGGAGCCGCGCGGGGCUGCGGGUGCCGAGUAG